UCUGAGUCUCAGAAAAAGCUGAUGAAGUAUAGUGGAGAAUCUGGAGAUCCAUAAGCAACCCAAGUUUCCGACCUGAUCAAUCUCAGUGAACAUGGCUGCUGCUAUCAGUUAUGUGGUUGGAUCUCUUGUUUGGAUGGAGGAUCCUGAUGAAGCCUGGAUAGAUGGUGAAGUUGUGAAGGUUGAUGGUGAAGAAAUUAAAGUCCUCUGCACUUCGGGGAAGACGGUUGUUGUUAAAGCUUCCAAAGUCUAUCCCAAAGACCCUGAAGCUCCACCAUGUGGAGUGGAUGAUAUGACAAAGCUGGCUUAUUUGCAUGAACCAGGAGUCCUUGACAAUCUAAGAUCAAGAUAUGAUAUCAAUGAGAUAUACACAUACGCAGGGAAUAUAUUGAUUGCUGUGAAUCCUUUUACAAGACUACCUCAUCUUUAUGAUAGCCAUAUGAUGGCACAAUAUAAAGGGGCAGCCUUCGUUGAGCUGAGUCCACAUCCUUUUGCUGUUGCAGAUGAUGCACACAGACUUAUGAUCAAUGGGGGAAAAAGUCAGUCAAUAUUGGUUAGUGGUGAAAGUGGGGCUGGUAAAACAGAAACCAUAAAAUUACUCUUAGGUUAUCUUGCUUACAAGGGAGGGAGAGCUGCUGCUACUGAUCAGAAGGUGACUGUGGAGCAGCGAGUCCUGGAGUCCAUUCCUGUCCUGAAAGCAUUCGGUAAUGCAAAGACUUUUAGAAACAAUAACUCGAGUCGUUUUGGUAAGCUCAUGGAGAUUCAAUUUGACAAGGAGGGGAGAAUUUCUGGUGCAACUGUCAAAACUUAUUUGCUGGAAAGAUCACGUGUUUGCAACGUGUCUGAUCCUGAGAGAAAUUAUCACUGUUUCUACAUGCUUUGUGCUGCAUCACCCAAGGAUGUUCAGAGGUUCAAAUUGGAAAACCCUAGAGCAUUUCAUUAUCUGAAUCAAUCAAAAUGCUAUGAGUUGGAUGGGGUUGAUGAUUCAAAGGAAUUUAGUGCAACAAGGAGGGCAAUGGAAGUUGUUGGAAUAAGUGAUGAUGACCAGGAUGCAAUAUUUCGAGUUGUGGCUGCAAUUCUGCAUCUUGGGAACGUUGAAUUUGCAAAAGGGAAUUCGAAGGAAACAGACUCAUCCAUACCCAAAGAUGAAAAAUCUUGGUUCCAUCUAAGAACUGCUGCUGAGCUUUUCAUGUGUGAUGCACAGGCACUAGAAGAUUCUCUUUGCAAACGUGUAAUUGCAACCCCUAAAGAAACCAUAACAAAAUAUCUGGAUCCAGAAUCUGCAGCUGUCAGUAGAGAUGCUUUGGCUAAAACUGUCUAUGCGAAGUUGUUUGACUGGCUUGUGGAUAAGAUUAAUAGUUCAAUUGGUCAAGACCCUGAGUCAAAGAGCUUAAUUGGGGUGCUGGAUAUAUAUGGUUUUGAGAAUUUCAAGACAAACAGUUUUGAGCAAUUUUGCAUCAAUCUCACAAACGAAAAGUUUCAGCAGCAUGUGGUCAAAAUGGAGGAAGAAGAAUAUACAAAAGAGGGAUUUGAUUGGAGUCACAUUAAAUUUGUUGAUAAUCAAGACAUUCUUGAUCUCAUGGAAAAGAAACCAGACGGCAGCAUUAUUGCUCUUCUGGAUGAAGCUUGUAUCUUUCCAAAAGCAACACAUGAAACAUUUGCCCAAAAGCUUUAUCAAACAUUCCAAAAUCAUCAAUGCUUCACCAAGACAAAGUUUUCGCGUAGUGACUUCACAAUUCGCCAUUACGCUGGCAACGUCACUUAUCAAACAGAACUGUUCCUGGACAUGAACAACGACUAUGUUGUUGCUGAACAUCAGGCGCUCUUGAGGGCUUCCACAUGCCCAUUUUUGGCGGGUUUAUUUCCGCUUUCAGCUGAGGAUUCAUCCAAAUCAUCAAAGUUCUCUUCAAUUGGUUCACGGUUUAAGCAACAAUUGCAAUCGCUGUUUGAAACUCUCAGAACGACUGAGCCGCAUUACAUACGUUGUGUAAAACCCAAUAAUCUUCUUAAGCCAUCAAUCUUUGAGAAUGAAAAUGUUCUCCAACAACUUCGUUGUGGGAGAGUCAUGGAGGCAAUUAGGAUACGUUGUGCUGGAUUUCCCACUAGAAAACCCUUUGUUGAAUUUGUAGACAGAUUUGGCCUCCUUGCACCUGAAGUUUUGGAUGGGAGUUCUGAUGAGGUCAUUGCUUGCAAGAGGAUUCUAGAGAAGGUGGGAAUUAAAGACUAUCAGAUUGGUAAAACAAAAGUUUUCCUUAGGGCUGGUCAGAUGGCAGAACUAGAUGCCCAUAGGAGUGAGGUCUUAGGAAGAUCAGCUAGCAUUAUUCAGAGGAAAGUCCGUUCUUAUUUGGCCCGCAAAAGUUUUGUCUUGCUCCGGUGGUCUGUUAUACAAAUUCAAGCUGCAUUAAGAGGACAACUUACUCGGCAAAUUUAUGAGGGCAUGCGAAGAGAAGCUUCUUCUCUGAUGAUCCAGAGAGACUUGCGGAUGUUUCUUGCUAGGAAAGCUUACAAAGAUUUGGAUUCCUCUGCUGUUUCUAUUCAGACAGGAAUGCGUGGAAUGGCUGCUUGUAUUGAGCUACGCUUCAGAAGGCAGACUAGAGCUGCAAUUAUUCUUCAGAGCCGGUGUCGCAUGUACUUGGCACGGCUACUUUAUAUGAAGAUAAAGAAAGCAGCAAGCACGACACAGUGUGCAUGGAGAGGAAGAGUUGCUCGAAAAGAACUACAGAGGCUUAAGAUGGCUGCAAGGGAAGUUGGUGCUCUCCAAGAUGCUAAAAAUAAAUUGGAAAAGGAAGUUGAAGAACUGACAUCUAGAUUACAGCAGGAGAAACGCAUGAGAGCUGACAUGGAAGAAUCUAAAACACAAGAAAUCAAAGUACUACAGUUUUCUUUGCAAGAGAUGCAGCUUCAGCUUGAGGAAAAUAAAGCAAUGUUUGAGAAGGAACGCGAUCAGGCUGCAAAAAGGGCAGCAGAAAGGCUUACCAGUGAAAAAGAAAUGCUCAUGGUCACGGUUAGUUCACUGGAAAUGAAAAUUGAUGAAAUGGAGAAAAAAUAUGAGGCAAACAAAACUAGCGAACAGAGGUUGUUGAAGCAAAGUUCGGACGAAAUAAUUGAGCUAAAGACUGCCAUUCGGAGGCUUGAGUCUGAAUAUAAACUUCUUCGGCAGCAAGGCUUGAUAACACCUGUAAAAGAGAUAUCACAACGUCCACCAACUCCUGAAACUGAGGAGAAUGUUGAUGCUCUUAUUCGUUGUGUUACGAAAAACAUUGGGUUCAACCACGGGACACCUGUUGCAGCAUUUACAAUCUACAAGUGUCUUCUCCACUGGAAAUCUUUUGAAGCCGAAAGGACUAGCGUAUUUGAUCGUCUCAUCCAGAUGAUAGGCUCUGCCAUCGAGGAUCAAGAUAGCAAUAUUCACAUGUCUUAUUGGUUAUCAAAUACAUCUACUUUAUUAAUCUUAAUGCAAAGAAAUCUGAAAGGUUUUGGCGUGAGUGGUGCAACUCCACAUCGAAGACCACCCCCUCAAGUAUCCCUCGUGGGGAGGAUGACUAUGGGUUUUCGCUCAUCCCCUUCUCCGCCCAAUCUUCCUGUCACUUCACGUCAUUUAGUACGGCAAGUAGAAGCCAAAUACCCAGCUUUGCUUUUCAAGCAGCAGCUCACGGCCCUUGUGGAGAAGAUAUAUGGAACCAUUCGAGACAACUUGAAGAAGCAGGAGUUGGCAUCUUUGCUUUCCUUAUGUAUCCAGGUGCCAAGAAAAACAAAGGGAAUACUAAGAUCUGGACAGUCCUGUGGGAAAGAUUCUCCAAGUACUUAUUGGCAGAGCAUUAUUGAAAGCCUCAACAUUCUCCUCAAUACACUGAAAGAAACUUUUGUGCCUCCAAUUCUUGUUCAGAAGAUCUUCACUCAAACUUUCUCAUAUAUCAACUUACAACUCUUUAAUAGCCUUCUUCUGCGUCGCGAGUGUUGUACAUUCAGCAAUGGGGAAUAUUUGAAAGCUGGGUUAGCUGAGUUGGAGCUAUGGUACUGCCAAGCGAAAGAACAGCAUGCAGGCUCCUCGUGGGAUGAACUUAAGCACAUAAGACAAGCAGUUGGGUUCUUGGUCAUACAUCAAAAGUACAGAAUGUCCUACGAUGAAAUUAACAAUGACCUCUGCCCUAUCCUAAGUGUUCAGCAGCUGUAUAGAUUGAGUACUUUCUUCUGGGAUGACAAAUAUAAUACUCGAAGUGUGUCUCCAGAUGUCCUUUCCAGCAUGAGGGUACUUAUGACGGAGGACUCUAACGAUGCAGAGAGCAACCUCUUGUUGGAUGACGAUUCCAGCAUACCCUUCUCAGUUGACGACCUCUCUACUUCUCUGCAUGAGAAGGAUUUCUCUGAUGUCAGACCGGCAGAUGAACUUCUUGAGAAUACAGCCUUCCAAUUCUUGAGAAUAUCAACUUCUUGAGCGUGCAUUCAGAUUCCACGCCCCCACAGUAAAAUUAUUCUCUUGUCAAUUUAUUUUAGCAUUUAAAUUGUACAAUUUGAUUAGCAUAUAUUGGAGUACAAUGUGAUUAAAACUUCCAAAUAAUUGAUUUUUUGUUCAAUUUGUACUUAUAUUGGUGAGACAAUUAAUGUUGUGCACAUCUUAA